AUGGGGACCAGCGGGCACCAGAUGCCCGUGGCGUGCGGGUGGGGCGACCUUCGCGGCCUCUCAUCUCCGCUGUCUUUUGGCCGAAUGGCGAACCCGCUCAUUGUGGAAGAGCCCUGGUUCUGGGGCUGCGGUCAGACCAACACGUCCUGCAAGAUGGUGAAGGGGAAGCUGGUGGAGGCAGGCAAGUGGCCGUGGCAGGUGAGCAUCCUGUUCAUGGGCAUGUACAUCUGCAGCGGCUCCGUCAUCCACCACCUGUGGGUCCUCACGGCUGCCCACUGUCUGGAGAGGUCCCUGGAUGCCAGCAAGUACUCAGUGAUGGUGGGAGCCCAGCACCUCUCGGCAAACGACACCCAGCUCCCACUCGCUCGGCUGGUGAUCCACGAGAAUUUCAAGAGCCUCAUAUCCGAUGACAUCGCCCUCCUGAAGCUCAAGGACCCCAUCCUCUGGUCCCCCAUGGUCCAGCCCAUCUGCCUCCCGACCACCAAGCUCGUGCCAGAGGUUGGAUCCUCAUGCUGGGCCAUUGUGUGGGGACGUCCGUCCGUGAGAGUGGCCACAAAGUCCCCCUACAGUCUUCAGGAAGUUUCCGUCAGGAUAAUAAACAGUGAGACCUGCAACCAGCAGUAUCAGUUCCUCUACCUGAAGGGCCAGAAGAAGAUCAUGGGCAAGGACAUGCUGUGCACCAGCUCAGAGUGGGGCGCAGACUCUUGUCAGGUGAACUCGGGCAGCUCCCUGGUCUGCCAGGUGAACAAGACGUGGAUCCAGAUGGGGGUGGAGAGCUGGAGCUUCAGCUGCAAGCAGCACCACUUCCCCAACAUCUACACCAGCACCUCCCACUUCACCCACUGGAUCCAGAGGCAGAUCGCAGACGUGCAGUUCAAGAGCAGGGCACAGCCCACCUUCCUGAGCCCGACCCUGCACACCGACUACAUCCUGCUGGUCUCCCUGGGCUCCCUGCGGCUCCUGUGAGCAGUGCUGCCGGGCUUGUCCGAGCUGGAGCCAGGCUGCUUCUCCCUGUCCUGUGCCUGCCCGCC